CAUACACAUACGCAAAGCACCAAUAAAACUCACGAGAUUUUCUUUCUUUAUCUAUGACGAUUCGUAAUUGUAUGUGGGGUUGACCAUUUCUGUUUCCGGGUUUCAGAAAGGAAUGGGCUUUUGUAGUUAAUGUGGGCACCGUCUUUUCGUUCUUGAAAACGAAAACCAGCGGCCAUGGAUGCUUCUGGGUUGGAGGCAUUAUUUGAUCCAUCAACGUUCAACAAAUUGAGCAUGGACCAAAAACGGCAACUUGUCCGCGAGAUGUCCAAAUGGCCUGAUGGCGCUACCGAAAUCCUACAGUCUUGGACCCGUCUCGAGCUUCUCCAGAUCCUCUGUGCCGAGCUCGGUAAAGAAAGGAAAUACACCGGUCUAUCAAAGUCAAAAAUCAUCGAACAACUCCUGAGAACAAUACAUGAGAAAAAUUCCAAGGAAUUUGGGCACACCAAUAUCCCCGAAAACCAGCAGCUCUUGUUAGAAAAUGGUGAAAGAAGUCCCAAAAGGCAGAAGAAAUCCGACCCUCCAAAUCGAGUGCCUGCAGACGCAAGUGGGGCCAUGUCUGUUGAUCUUGAAGUCGAGUCCAGUAGUAUUGUGUACUGCAAGAACUCGGCAUGUAAAGCUAAAUUGAGUAGUGGGAGUGUUUUUUGCAAGAGGUGCUCAUGCUGUAUUUGCCGCCAGUAUGAUGACAACAAAGAUCCGAGCCUUUGGCUGAUGUGUAAUACAGACCCACCUUUUCAUGGGGUGUCUUGUGGAAUGUCAUGCCACCUGGAAUGCGCGUUGAAGCAUGAGAAUUCGGGUAUUUCUCAGGAUAAGGGACUUGAUGGGAGUUUCUGUUGUGUGUCUUGUGGGAAGAUUAAUGAUUUGCUGAGCUCAUGGAAAAAGCAAAUAGUGGCGGCAAGGGACACCAGGCGAGUCGACAUACUUGGCUACAGGCUCUCAUUGGGCCAAAAGAUUCUUGCGGGCACUAAACAUUAUCAGAAUCUUUAUGACAUCAUUGAUGAAGCAGUGAAAAAGCUCGAGGAAGAAGUGGGCCCCUUAACCGGUUUACCCGUGAAAAAGGCAAGAGGGAUUGUUAACAGGCUAUCAUCUGGGCCCGAAAUUCAGAGGCUUUGUGCUUCUGCUGUCGAGUCCCUCGACCUUAUACUCUCUAACCGAGUGUCCGAGAUGCCCUCUGGUUACAAUACACUCGCCUCGAAACUCGUCCAAUUCGAGGACAUUGGCGCCACAUCACUCGCGGUCAACCUCCAUUCAGACGAGUCAAACGUCGAGAAUCUCGUCGGCUAUUCCCUAUGGCACCGUAAAGCCGACGAACCAGACUACUCCGCGGACCCCACUUGCCGGUUAUUCGAGCCCAACACAAAGUUUCUUCUCUCGGGCCUUACUCCCGACACUUUGUAUUUCCUAAAGGUCGCCAUACUCAACACCGACAGAGAGAUGGGCCUCUACGAAUUCCAGUUUCAGACCGCAUGUGCACAGGAUGAGGCCCUAAAUACAAACUCGGAAAGUCAAAGUCAAAGUCCAAGUCCAAGUCAAAGUCCGGCUACCAAUUGUAGCACACUGUCAAAUCCUUCUUCAGUUGAGGACGAGACUAAUAACAUUAUCGCCACCGAUGAGAAUGGUAAAAUUGCCACUCAACUAAAUUUACCUAAUGAAAUCGCGAAAUUCUCUUUGCUGGCCAAUAGUAACAAGGAAUCCUCAGGAGACUGUACGGCCCAAAAUGGGCCCGAACGGGCCCCAGUCUCAACUGGCUUGGAAUGUGUGCCUUAUGUCGCCAGCUCGGAGGCUAACUUGCCUAUAACUCCUUGCAAGUUCGAAAGUUCGAAAGAUGAAAAAAAUAGGCCUAAUUUCAAGGACGGGUCGAAAAAGAGAGAUGGGAAAAAUCGGAACAAAGAUUUCGAGUAUUACGUGAAAGCCGUAAGGUGGCUUGAGUGUGAGGGUUAUAUAGAAACGGGGUUUAGAAAGAAGUUCUUGACUUGGUAUAGCUUGAGAGCUAAUUCUCAGGAAGUACGUGUCGUGAAGGUUUUUGUUGACACGUUUAUCGAGGAUCCAGAGUCGCUUGCCGGGCAAUUAGUCGACACGUUUUCGGAUGUUAUUUCGAACAAUGGGUGCUCGAGGGUGCCUGCUGGGUUUUGCAUGAAGCUUUGGCACUGAGAUUAUACAUUGUCAGUUUAAGAUACGGUGUUAGGUGUCUUGUGCUUCUUUUAGGGAUCUGAGGAUGGGAAAAUGUGAGGUUUUUGGGUGGUUUUUUAUUCUUUAAAUUUGUUAAACUAUUCUUGAUUGUGAAGUGGGAACUAGAGGUAUUCAGAUUUGAUACUUGGGGUUUUGUUGAAUGAAUCCUCGUUAUUUUUUAUGAGUUAAAACCAUGUAUUUUCUGCUGCUGGGGAUGAUUGAUCUGUAGGUAUCAAAGUUGCUUUCUGUUUGCAGUAUUGCUGAAAACUUGUAAACUAGUGGAUUCUUGGUAGACCAUAUUCUCUG